UACAAAGUGAGAGUGAGGGAGGCUGCAUGAUCAACUGAUGGACACACAGAAGCUCACUGGCUUUCUCUUUCACUGCUCUAAAUCCCAUCUUUUCCGGGUGUUUUGGGGGGUUUCCCUUGUGUUUUCUUGCUUGACUUCAUUUUCGAGGUGAAGCAAAAGUCUUAAGCUUGGUCUUUUUUCCCACCUCCCUCACUUUCUUGGAGUUUCUGUUUCCUUCAUUUGGGAUUUUUCCUCCCUUUUUAAAAAAAAUUUCCAGCCUGAUCGCCUGCUCUUCUGUGUGUACAUCAACCCUUCCUUUCCCCUUGCUCUCCUUUUCCUUUUCCUCCCAUUUUCCUCCGUUCCUCAUCUCCUCGUGUGUGGUUUUUGGGCUAUGCUCUCCUCACCCACUGUGAUCCUCCAGCCUUAUGGACUCCCCGUCUACCCACAGGCAACCACAUGCUACCCCAGCAUAGUUCAGGGGGCCCCCACUCAGGAGGCUGCCCCAGGCAGCGCAGACCCUGCCCUGCCUCAGGUCUAUGCCCCGCCUCCCUCUUACCCCCCACCAGGUCAAGGUCCCCCAACGUCCGCCAGCAGACUGGCAACUCUCGACUUUAGCUCUGCACAUCCGAGCUCAGAGUACCAGGAACAUCCCCAGCUCAGAGUCUAUCAGGGCCCUCAGCACGAUGGGGGCGACUCUCUGACAUCUGGCAACACGGAGGACUCUUUGGUCCCCGUGACCUCUGACCCCCAGUCUCUCAGUGUGUCGGUGUCAUCGGGGGGCGGGGCAGGAAGCGGUAGCGAGGAAGAGGGGUCAGGUAAAACCCAACCGAAACGCCUCCACGUCUCGAACAUCCCCUUUCGCUUUAGAGACCCAGACCUCCGCCAGAUGUUUGGGCAAUUUGGCAAGAUCCUCGAUGUAGAGAUUAUCUUCAAUGAGAGGGGGUCAAAGGGCUUUGGAUUCGUCACUUUCGAGAAUGCUACUGAGGCUGACAGAGCGAGAGAAAAGCUGAAUGGGACAAUCGUGGAAGGGAGGAAGAUCGAGGUUAAUAAUGCCACUGCACGAGUAGUUACCAAGAAACCCCAAACGCCUCUCGUGAACGGUGAAAUCUCAACAGCUUCCGGUUGGAAGAUCAACCCGGUCAUGGGGGCCAUGUACGCACCUGAGCUCUAUACAGUUGCCAGUUUUCCGUACCCUGUAGCGACUCCUACGCUGGCCUACCGCGGUUCAGCGCUGCGUGGUCGGGGUCGAGCUGUCUACAACACAAUUCGCUCCACUGCAACCACACCUGCUGCUGUCCCCACCUACCCUGGGGUUGUGUAUCAGGAUGGACUGUAUGGAGCAGAAGUCUAUGGCGGAUACCCUGCAGCAUACAGAGUGGCUCAGUCAGCAUCUGCUGCCACAGCGACCUACAGUGAUGGAUAUGGACGGGUUUACGCUCCAGAGGCCUAUCACCACUCAGUCGGACCAACAACAUAUGGGGUCGGUACAAUGGCCAGUUUGUACAGAGGAGGAUACAACCGCUUCACCCCCUACUGAGGCCCGGUGAAGGGCGGGGUCGUCGGGCAUCUCUGUUGAACUUUGGGACACUGCAGGGCAGAUUACAAUAAUCCUUAAAAACAACCUCGGAAAUGUGGCACACGUGGUGUCACCUCCUGUCUCCAUCACAACCUCUCCUCGGGAGACUAAACAGACUGAAGGUUAAAAUACUGUAGGACCCACUUACCAUCCGCUCUGCUGGAGAAUACGUAGGAGACGCUGUCGCUUGAAACCUUUUAAUGCUUUGCUUUUUCUUUUUUUUAAGAAUGGAUAGGUGGUUAAAAAAUACUGUGAGAUUCUUGUGUUUAAUAAUUUGGGAUUUUUUUUCAGGGGUCAAACUGUGCAAAAAACAUUUUGUACAAUUUUAAAUGAUUUAUUUUUGUUGGCAUUUAUCUACUGAGUGUGUGUGUGCGUGUGUGAGUGUGAGUGGGAAUGUCUGUGAGUUUCAACAUCAAGAGAGAGAUUUGGCUGCGACACUGAUAUUGCAACUAAAAACACAGAAAUAAUGUUUAUCAGCUGGACUUAUUUUUAUUUCUAACAAUCUACCUCUAAAUCUACAUGUUUAGCUUUUCAUACAGCCGUUAUAUUUAAUCCUUGAUUGCAGUUUCUUGAGUCCUUUCCUACCUUUCUGUUCAUGAAUCCUAACACAGUGUAGUUUCUGUUUUCUGGCUUCACUCCUCGCUGCCUUGCUUGAGCUUUGAUGACCGGAGGGUCACUGUCCUGUAUUUUCUCCCUCUUUUCUCCUUCAUUACUGCUAAAUGACUUCUUUUCUUGUAUCGGUUAGUUCUUCUUGGCUUUGUUUCACUCUUUUCUGCUUUGUUUGAUGUUUACCUCUGAAUAAAUCAGACUUUUUUCUCCUCUA